AUGACAAUAACUGUCGAGCUCUUGCCGACUGAAAGUCUUGUUCUCAUAUUUAAUCAUCUGAAUAGUCGUGACCUUUUAAGCGCCGCAAAAUCAUGUAAAAAGUUCAACCAAGUGAUCAUUGAUUUUUUGCCAAUAAAAUAUCCUAGUAUUCGCAUCGAUUUUCAAUAUCUAAACUACAAUAAGGUGCAAAGAUUCACUUAUAAGGAUGAUCGAGAUUUUAACAUACUGUUAGAAACGAAUCGUCUUUAUCAUAACUACAUCUUGAUAAACUUCAAUAAAGAGCAUACUGAUCGAUUGGGAAAUAAAUGGCUUCAAUUGUUUAAGAAACAAAUCAAUGCACGAUGUAUUCGAAUUAAAUCUGAUUGUAUGGAUUUGAAGCAGUUGAGUAAUUUAAUUAAAUUAACUCAUCGUUUAGUAUUUGUGGAGAUUGAUGGAUAUCGAACUGCAAAAAUGGAUGAACCAUUAGAUGACAGUGAUGUUGCAUCUCUUCCUAGUCUCAAACAUCUCAAAAUUCAUUCAUUUCUCGAUACCAGCCCACAAAUUUUUAAGAUUUUUCAAGAUUGCAAAACACUUAAGUCAAUCUCUCUCAGUUCGCUGUUCUUCAUCAAUAAGAAAAUAAAAUCAAUCAACGACUUCAUUCUCAACCAAAGAGCAUUAGAGCAACUGGAAUUAAUUGGCUUAGACUCGCACAGUGCACUCUUCUCUUACGAAUCUCUAAACGAUGUGAAAUUCAAAUUAGAGAAAAUUAAUAUCGAGUACAAUGGAUACUCGUUGAAUCUCGAAAAAUUCUCGACAUUUUUCUGUCAUCAAAAGCUUUUUAAAGAAGUAAAAUUAGCUCUCGAUCUUCGUAACAGUCUUCAUCAUGCGCAUGAUGAGAAACUUUGUGAUGAAAUGAUACGUCACAUUAUGACAAUGGAUCAUUUGUUAUCAGUCAAUCUUCUCGUAAACAAAUGUUCAUUAAAAGAUUCUGAAAAAUUUCAAUUUAAUAAUAGAAGCAUCACAAAGUUGGUGUUUGAAAAUGAAUCACGUGGUAAUAAUAAUUUACUUGUUAGUUUACUUCAUUGCCUCCCUAAUUUGACACAUCUUGAAUUAGCUUGUGAUUAUUCUGAUGAUGUUUUAAAUCAACUUCCACAACUUAUCAAAUUGAAAAAUUUGAAAAUCACUGACUACUUUCAAGGAUUGCUUAAGAGUAUAAAAUGUUCUGAAUAUUUUGAAUCGAUAAGCCUUCAAUAUUGUUACACGAAAAAUUCCGGUAGUGACUGGUUGGAAUUUUUACGAAACAAUACAAAUAUUAAGAGAAUUCAUAUUCAUCACUCAAUUGAUUUCAUUGAUGAUACAAUCGUGGAUAUUAUAACUAGUGCAUGUCCAAAUUUAGAAGAUUUUCAAAUGACUGACAGCACAGCUAAAAAUAUUACAGAAAACGCUUAUCGUUGCUUUCAAAAGAAUUGCAAAAACUUAAAGUUCCUAAAGUUGACAAAUAAACCAAGUCAAAUGACACUCAACAAACAUCAGUCGUUUCAUGAUCUUCUUGCGAAUGUUAAAUGUAUCAUUUCCUUUUAUAUUAUCUGCAUCAUAGGAUUUGUAGUUUUGGUGGUAUUAAUGUGGCAGGGGAAAAUCUAA